CUUGUCGUCGAGGACCACUAGUAAGUACUUUGAAACAAUACUACAGCUGGAGGUGGCAUUCCUUUUCUGGAAGUCACCACAGCUUGUCUUCUUCCCCCAUGGCUGCCAUCUACGCCGUAUAUACCUCUCCUACUCACCCGUCCAUCCCAAACCAUCUUCCUACUCUCAUAGUAACUCCUCAUGGUCAACCGUCUAACAUUCUCUACUCUUACCUUCACACGAACUUCAAUUCUGAGAACUACCUUUUGACCCCCUCUCCCCAAGGUGAUCUCUGUGUUGCAAAGCUUUUCCCCCCACGCCAGAAUCCUGGUAAAUCUACUGCAUCCGACCCCGGCCAUUCAAACUCUUCCGCUGCGCGCUUCGUGAGAUGCGAAGCUUCUCGAAAUCUCAAGUGGACAAUUGCAAACACAGGCGUCAUAUCACCGAUCUACAAGCUCUCUCUACCAUCCCCAGACUCCCCCGAUCUCCCCCUCUUCCAAAUAUCCAAACCAAAUCCUAAUGCCGCUUUCUGGAGCAUGUUCUACUUCGCCUAUGCAGGUCAUAAUAUUCCCCCAAAGCGUAUCGAAUUCGGAAAGAUACAGAAGAACCCCCCAGGUCCGAACGGUGGCGGAACUAGAAUUAGCAUUACGGGAAAAUCACCCGAGGAAAAAGCAGUUUGGCAGACCUUGGGAGAGGGAAAUGAGGACUGUGUCGAAUGGGUCGUUCUCUGCGCAGUACUGAACCUUCUUGACGAUGAGAUAAUCAAGGCCGCUGAGAAGAAUCCACCCCCUCCUGCCGCACCCGGUCCCAUGUCAAACAGUCCGUCUGGACCUGGCGGUCGACCGGCGCCUGUUGCGCUUCACGACCCAGCUCCAACAUCCGCGCCUCCCCAAAAUCAACUACGCCCUGGCCCAUCCCAGCAGCAGCAUCCGCCCCGUGGUCCGCCCCCUCCUCAUGCCCAAGGUGGAUCAGCACCUGUCCCAGGUGGUCGUCCUCCACAAGGGUUCCCCCCUCCAAGAGGAUUCCCACCAGGACAAGGACCCCCACCAGGGUCCAUGCCACAUCCAGGGUCUAUCCCUCCUGGUCCUGUUCAAGGCGGUUAUGCUGGGUUCCCUCCUGGACGUCACCCUCAACCUCAGCAGCACCGCAUGCCGGGCCCCCCUAGUGGCCCUCCACCUGCUAUGCUCCCUGGCCGUGCGCCGCCCCCACAACAGCCAUACCCACAACAAAUACCCCCUGCUCAACAACAGCAGCCGAUGCCAAGGCGUUUUUGACACUCUUGUAUACCUGGACAGUUCAUGCAACAGUCUGCUUUACCCCUCUUACCCUUUCCUUGCCUUUUUUUUGGUACCCGAUGCCUUUAUGGGUUUCAUGAACAUGCUGACUCUGGAUUACUCUCUUUCGUCCUUUAGCGAUUGAUUUAGUUUGACCUUCUUGGUGGCAUUGUUACUCUCUU